AAACUUUCUAAUAAAAAUGGCGAAGUACGUAAACGAAUUCCAAGCACUGUCACUUUUCUAACCUCUUUACGUCUCGGAAUUUAUUCUAUAAAAAUUGAAUUAAUAAAGUGAGAAAAUUAUUCUGUUUCACGUAUUUUUCAAUAAUAAAUAUCAUGAUGUCUCGGUCUAUACGUGCAGAAACUCGAAGUCGAGCUAAAGAUGAUGUUAAACGUGUUAUGCAAGUUGUGGACAAAGUUAGACACUGGGAAAAAAAAUGGGUGACCAUAGGAGAAACAACAAUGAAAAUUUAUAAAUGGGUUCCAAUUUCGACGCUUGAGCAAAAGAAAAAGAGUAAAAUAGUAGCUGACAAAGAAAAUGGAUUACCGAGGAAAGGAGGUUUGGAUUCUUCAAAUUCAAAUUUUGGACUCACAGAAGAUUCAAAUACAUGUUUCUCAACAGUCAGUGAUUCUCAAGGAAUAACUGAAUUCUCAUCGCAUUUAGGAUUUUCCGAAGAUUCUAAUUCACAAAACAGUGAACCAACACCGAAACGAUUAAAGACUGAUUAAAAAUAACGUCAUUUAUAAUUUUAAAUAAUUUAAAUAAAUAUAUAUAUAUCUCUAAUGUUUAUUAAUUUACACACGUUGAAGUGUGUGAAUAUUAUAUGAAUUUCACGGGUUAUUAAGGAAAUACGAGAUAAACAAAAAGUCGUAUUUCUUUUAUACGAUAAUGUGUUUAAAGAAAAUUUAUUUGUACAAUUAAAAAAUUUUCGGAACAAAGAAAUAAUUUAAAAUAGAAAAAAAAUGCACAAAUUCAAUAUUAGUGUCAAAAUAACGAAAAAUUAAUCCAUUUAAUAUUCAUCGAAAAAUAAUCGUCAGAUUUCAAUAUUCUGUGAUUUAAAAUCUAAUUUUGUUAUUUACAAAAAUAGAGUAUGACAAGGAUUUUAGUUUUUUUUUUUUUUUUUUUUCAUUUUGCGUUUGGUAUAUGUAUUUCAAUUAAUUUGUGUUAUUUAAGAAUUAUAAUUUUCUUAUUUAGAUAAUCUAUAUUACAAAUUGUAAAUAUUACUUUGGAAUAAGUUCUAAUUGUAAUUUUAAGGAACGAGUGACUGGAUUUGUAUGAGUGCAUUACUUGUAUGCAUUUUAUUAGAAGUACAACAAAUCUUGACUACUUUUUAAAUAUAUAAACUAAAAAAAAAAAAAUUA